CAUCCCUUCCUUUUCUUCUUCUGCCGAGCAGCAGCCAGCAGAGCCCUCGCCCGCGGCCACAACCAGCGCAGUCGCCGCCGCUCCCUCGUUUCGACCCAACUCCCUGCCCCACGUCUCACCGCCGCUCAUUCGCCCCCUCGUCUCAAACCAGGUUCCCAACUCCUCGCCGCCGCUCCCCGCCCGACGCAUCGACCCAACUCCCCGCCGCCUUGACAGCAGUCCCCGCCCCUGCCUCAAUACUAGCUUAGAUCGUUUCAGGUUGAUAGAUGGAAUCGAGUAAUGUAUCAAGUCAGCCGGCUUAAUCCGGUUGAACCCCGAUUCGACCAUUAAACCUCAAAUCCCUUGUUAAACCGGUUAGAGGACUUAAUCCGGUUUGACAACCUUGGUAAUAGUAGUAAGAAGAAAGUGGAGAAAUUGGAAGAGGCUGGCGAACUUGACGCAAAGCCCAUUUCAAGUGUAGUUACGUUUGUCAGUGGGGUGGAGAAACAAGGUUAGAAGAAGCAUUGGUGGCAAUGGAGAAGAUUUCUGCAGCUUCAGCCAUGGAAUGGAGCAUUGAGCUUGACAAGGGCCUUCGUUCGAGGAAGCCUGGUCAAGCUGUCAAGGCCAUACAACAAACCGGGAGCAGGCUCCAGCAGUGGGAUCAGAAACCUGAACCCACAAAGGCAGCGCAUAAGAUAUUUGACUUGGUCGCUGGGGAGGAGAGGUUCUUUCUCAACUGUAUUCUUUUGAAGCUUGCUGAUGCCUUCAGGUCAGGCGAUAAAGAUAUAAGGGUCUCUGUUGUCAAGGUAUUUCUAUCACUGUUCAAGAUGAGAAGGAAAACUAAGCGCUAUCACGGGGUUAUGUCAAAAGCCAAGAUGUGCAAUCCCUUGGAACUUCUGAAGAGAGUGAAGAUUGUUUUUUAUACUGGCGAUUUAGAGUCAAGAGUUCUGGCUUUGGUCCUCUUUGGUAGCUGGGCUGAAUUUUCGAGGGAUAAUGCUCAUAUCAGAUAUAUAAUACUCUCAAGCUUGGUCUCGUCGGAGGUAAUGGAGGUGAGGUUAGUAGUCUUACCAAACUGGUUUUGAGUAUGGAAAGUGUGCUGUUUUAACAUCGUGUGUUCUCAUGGUGUUUGCUCUGCGUGCACUUUAUAUCUGCAGAUUAGAAGGAAAGCUAGGAUCUUUAUUCUUAACCGUUUAAAGUGGCUUAGUAGGUUGCUUUUGUAAGUUUGCAGAUGACUUUGCUCCUGUUGUCUUAGAAAUGCUGCCUCGUAUAGUGGCUUCAUCCGAGCUAUCAUCAACUUUGAGAGCAGCUGGAGCAAAUGUCUUCGCCAAAAUGGGAUACUUUUCACCUAAUGCAGUUAAUGGAUACAAGAUCGGUCUGAAGCUGCUGCUAAACUCUUCAGAUGAGGAUUUAUCAGUCUCCUUGCUACUUUCGCUCUCAAAACUGGCUUAUAAAUCUAGCAGUAUUCUACCUGAUCAGGUAGAAGUACUUUUAUCAUUUCUUAGCCAAGAGAAACCUUUACACCAGCAAUCAACGGCCUUAAGGUGCCUUCGACUUUUAUCAUCUCCAGUUUGUUCCCAUCCUGUUGGCCUCCUAACCGUCAAACCCUUACUGAAGAUUGUGCAUGAUACUAAACUGCCCAUAUCUAUGCAAUGCGACGCACUACAGAUUCUGCAUAAGAUGCACAUGCCUGGUGAUGUGAUGCGUGAAUUUUCUAAAGUUCUCACCAUUUUGGAUAAUGCAAACCAGUCAAAUAUAGAGUCCAACCGUGUUCUAGUCAUCUCUAUCCUAGCAGAUGUGCUCAUUAAGAAUAGCAGAAAAACUGGCACAGAGCUUGAUGGAAACUGUGAUUCUUUUCCUUCCCUGACAUGGAUCAUCUCGACAAUUAUCGGUCAGAUCAUCUCACUGGUGAAGCAGUUGUUGGAUAGUAAUCGGUACUGGGAUGUAGCACUUCCAGAAGUACGGAGGUUGCUUGCUGUUCUUCUUUUUGUAGCUGGAGAACAUCUUGUUCAGGGAGUCAUUGUACUGGAUAGAAUUAGAUUGGUAAUUGAUUAUCUUGUGAACCACUUGCCCGAGAAGGCUAUUGUCUCAACAGUAACUGCUCCAACUGGUCAGGAGAUGGAUCAUUUUAGAGCGAAGAACUUCGGCACUAGUCUGAAGAUCGCCAAUCAAGUUCACAAGUUCUCAGUAGCAUGCAUUCAGAAUCUCAUUGAACUUGGUGCCAGUGCUGCUGAAGUACUAGACAAAGUAAAGAUGUUGGUUGAUUGUGUACACAGGUGCAGUUUAUUUGGUUCCUAUGUGCAGGCAGUUUACUCUAUACAGGUGCACUCUUCAGUGUUUUGGGGUUGUGCUGUCAACAAGAGCAAACAAGGUUGUAGUCCAAAUAGGCAGUUGGGGGAUUCGGAUUGUGAUCUCUUGAUUAAGCAUGAAAUUUUCACCCUUGAGUGUGUCAUGGAGAUGCUGAAAGAGAAGAAUUUCUGGCAGUUGUACACGACUGGAAAAUUCGCAGCAGGUCAAGGAGCGUGGGUCACAGCUAAAUUUAUAUUUGAGCAAAUAGCAAGCAAGGUUCAAUCAGAAUCCUCCUCUUGCUGGUUAAAGUCACUAGCUCAGCAUGCCCAAUGUGAGAUGAGAAUUCAGUUGUUUCUCUUACCAAAACUAAGGUGCAGUUUAGCAGAGUGGUCACUAACAAAAGAGAUCCCAAUUCUCUAUUUCCGGAACAUCUCUUGUGGCAGCGUUGAUCAAGGUGUUUCUGUUCAAGUCUGUGGAGAAAGUUAUGGUGAAGUGCUUGUAGAAGCUCACAACAGUAUACGUUCUUCUGCGGAAACCCUGGAUUGUGUUGUCAAGUUUGGCAAUUCAUUUUAUUUCCAGAGAUGGUUUUUGGCUUUGAGAAUGCUGGUCCUUACAACUGUAUAUGAUGUGCUCAAAGUGUUAGGUUCUAGCGGCAGUGGACAUGCUGAAGGAAGUUUAGCACAUGGUCUCAGUUCUGUACAACAAAUUACGCAAUGUUCAUUUCGUUUGACGAGACUAGCACAAGAACUGGAUCUACUCUACAUUUCUUUCAUUAACAUGGACACCAAGAGUUCAAACAUCAUCUUGGCCCUUGCUUUGAGUUGUUCACUGUUGGCUUUCACUUCUGGGACAGCUGCUUCUUUUGCAACUGUGCAUGCAAAUGACAAUAGCAAUCUGCAUCUCAAUAGAAUGUCGAUAGAAGACUUGGCUGGUCGAUUGUGGCUCAUAGAUCCUGACACCUGUUCUAUUCUGUUCCAACUUUUGGAUGUCAGUCUGGGCAUAGACCAUCCUCAUGUCCAGCCUAGGAAUCAGAAGCUGGAAAGUGGUGAAGUAAGAGAUAUCACCAGCAUCUGUCACGAUGUUGUUUCUCGUGUAGAUGGAUUUCGAAACGAGUUAAAAGACCCAGUCGAUAAUGUGGAAGCUCUGCUCAAAGUUACUGUAGAAAGCUUCCAGCUUCUGUUGAAUACUAUUGUCAAAUGGCUCCAAAUUCCUUUCAAGCUCCCUAUGUACUUCUUGAAAACAAGGCCUUGCCUUGUCUCGGAGCUCUUCACCUCCAAUGCUGAUGCCACCAACCAAAACGAGUUGAUUGUCCAGCCAGGAUGCGACCUCUCUCUGAACCUAUGCAUCCAACUUAAGAACUUGCCAGAUCUCCCCACUCCCAUAUCGAAACUAUAUUGCAUAGUCUAUUCCAGCACAUCUUUCGCAGAGUCCAGUCCAACCAGCAGAGGAACCAAGACGGGGCAAAUCCAGCGAGUGGACUUCAAAGACUGGCACAUGGAUGACAUGGUGCAGGCUAAUGAGAAACUGUUCCAUCACGUGAGAGACCGUGCUAACAAGACUACUGAUAGGGGCCGUAAACGUCCCAGGGUUGAGGAAGGGGUUGUUCAGAGUGUUGUUCAGUUUGAGGUGAACAACAGGGGGCAGGGGUUUUCAAGUUGCGUGCUUGGUGUAUCUGGUUUUCCGGAGGGCUGCUACCGGAUCAAGUGGCACAGCUGUUGUGUUGAUGGUAGAGGUCGUUAUUGGAGCCUCCUUCCUUCGAAUUCUGGACCUGUAUUUACUGUGUGCAGAAGCUGAAGCUACCUGUUGUAAAAAGUAGAUUAUUUUGACUUCUGUAAUUUGACGAAACGGUGGUAAAUAGAUUCUUCUUUCAGACUGUCUCUGGUUCUUCUGAACGGUGAAUGUGCUCUAUUACCGUGUUAUAUAUGGUUUACAGUUUUUGCUCACACAUAGACACGCUUGAGGUGGAUGGCUUCCUUCUAUCCUGAAACAAUGAGAAAAGCUAGAGAUCAAUGGAAAUUGCAGAAGAACUAAGGCCAAAACAACGAGAACAGGGAGCAGUGAGCCUGUGAGAUAGAAUAGAAGCACAAAAUAAUGAAAAAAGCUUGAGAAUGUACUAAAAAUGUCAGAAGUGAGAUUUGAACCCACGCCCUCUCUCGAGGAUC